AUGAGGUAUGCUGCAGACAUAGGCACAGAAAGCCCCACUGCAUCGGGAAGCGCACAAAGCCCCAGCGAGAGCGAGCUCAGCGAACUCAGCGAGCUCAGCGGCACUGUAAAAUGUUGUGGACGGUGCUCUCAAUGCUGUGCACUUCCACAGAUGUGGACGAUGUUGACGCAAGUGCCACCCCUGAGAUACUCAAUGGGUGUUCUUUGUCACAAACGGACAAUUUGGAGUAAAUAUUUUUACUCGGCAUCCCACGCGCUUAUUAUAUUGUCUGUUCUUGGCUGUUUUUCUGCCGUGAAGGUUGCUGCUUGCUUUGGAUUGGAUGAAAAGGCACAGAGAGAAGGCUUGUUGAGCUACAAUGUUGCAGUUGGUUCUAUGAACUUCCUCUUGAGCAUCCCAAUGAUUCGGAUGUGCCGGUGCCGGCAACUUGGCCCUUGCGGCUGCUGGCUUGAGCAAAAUAACUGA